GGGAAACUUCAGAAAGGCACUGAGGUAGAUGAAGCUGUCAGCAGCAGAAAGGCAACGGCAGUACCGGGCACGGCGAGAUGCCGACCCUGUAAAAAGGGCAGAAAAUUUACAAAAGGACAGAAAUAGGUGGCACAAGAAGAAAAAUGCAGGGCAAACAAGCGGAGUCGCUGAUCUGGAUGAAAGGGAGAAAAGGUACAAGCGUAGGUAUUGGAGAGAGGCGCAGCAGAGGUGCAGAGCAAGAAGGCAGCAGUUUGUGGAGAUGACACCACUGCAAAUGCCAGAGCGACUCCCUCUAGUUCCAUCAACAGUGAGGCUCCAUCAGAUGAUCACUUUCACACCAGGAAAGAUCAUCUACAGAGACAUCUGUUGUCUCUGCUCAAUCAAGCAGAUUCUGGAGUAUGGAUGUCGUCAUAACACACACAUGUUUGAAUUUGAAGUGGAACCCACGCUUUCUGCCACUGCUGAAUCAGAUACUCAGCCCAUCCUUUCUGACAUCACAGAUCAACAAGAACAGACAAUUGAAGAAAUAAAUUGGGAAAGCAAAGAUGUCAUUGGACAGUGGUGUGUCGUCAAAUACGAUGAUGAUAUUUAUCCUGGGACAAUUGUCGAGGUCAAUGAGACCCAUGCAAAGGUCACGUGCAUGCAUAAAGUGGGGGUAAAUCGCUUCUAUUGGCCAGUGCGUGAGGAUACGCUGUGGUAUCUUUUUGAUGAUAUCCUCAGAUUCAUCCCGCAACCAACCAGAGUGACGUCACGACAUGUCGAAAUUAACAAGAAAAUAUGGGCAGAAAUUGCUAGUGAGUGAUUGGCAUCAAGGCUAGGCCAGAUCAGUAAUGCAUGAUACAAUGUACACUUCAGGUUUACUUGUUAUAAUUAAAUGUUUGGGGUUGUUUUUAGAAUGGUUGGAAUACAUUUGAAAUGGUUUAAAAUGGUUAAAGUACAUUAACACAGUUUUGAAAAUUAUUGAGUCAAGAUAUGGGUGGUCAAUUCUGUUAGUCAUAUUAACUCUGUAUGCCAUCAGUGUCAAUUCUGUUUAAGAUUUGCUUUUAAAAUGAUACAUUUGAAAAUAAGAACCUAUCAGAUGUUGUUACAACGAAUACUAUUUUUACAACAUGAAAUUAAAAGAAAUCAUUCAUUUAUUAGGUUUUUUUUUUUUUAAAUGCACACCAUCUUGGGAACUCGUCAGAUGAAUGGUUUUGUUUGUUACUUCAAAACAAAAGGUCUCAAUCUUAUCAGAUUUAAAGUUGCUUUAGUGAAUAUAGAGACAAAAGUUGUCUUGGGGAAACAGGAUUUAAAAUUGAUUACGUUUGCUAAAUAUACAUAUUUUACUGAAUUCGUCUCCAACAGAGGUGACAGAUUUUUCUGUUCUUUUGAAUAAAUACUUAGCCUUACAGGUGUAAGGUUUGAAAAUAGUUGUAGUGUUAAAUUUGAAGUGUG